ACACAAGACUAUAAGGUAUGUCAUAAAAUGUCUGAAAAUGCCAAAACAAAUCAUAUUUCUUCGGCGCCAUGAACAAUUAAAAUUUCAUUUUUCCUAUUGAAAUAACAACUAAUGGAGGACAUAAUAUAAUACGUUCAGUGAGCCCUAUAAGAUAUCCGCUAAACAGAUGGAGACAGAGAGCAACGCCCUUUUAGAAAUCCUACGAAUGAAACAUGAGAAUGGCACGCAAGAAGCACCGAGGGAAAGUCAACAGGGAGUUAGAGUUAAAUUGAGAGCAUUGCUUGUUGCUCUGUUGGGAGUUUCCAUGUCAGCGUGUGCCUUCGCUUCUCAACCUGUUGAAUUGGAGCUAGAUGAUGAAGAAGUGUCCCAAAAACUCAAUAAAGUCAGUCUUGCAAGACGAAUAACAAAGCCAACAAUACGGAUAGUAAUGGGGUACGGAAGGUUGAGUGCAUUCGUUACUGCAAUUUCAUCGUUAUUGCUGCUUAUUGCUGUUAUGUCGAAGCAAUCGUGGUGGCAACGGGGUGCUCGUUGGUUGGCAGCACCCGCCCUGCUAGUGACAGCAUUGGAGGCCACCUCAGACGCAAGCGAUGCAAUCCUGUCAGCAAUCUCAAGAGGUGGUGCCGAACCAGUACGAAUAAUUCUACAAACUAUAUCUGCAUGUCUUCUCAUCACCGUGGAGAUCUUAAUCUGGUAUUUCAUCGCAAAAUUCUUCGAAUACAGUCCACCUCUUUCCGAAGAAAAUAAAAUCGAAAUGGAAACUACAUCUAUGUCCGAUGCGUUGUAAAUAAUGACUAAAUAAAAGAACAUUUUUGAAAUAUCA